AUGUCGGAAGUAGGCGAUUUGACCGGCACUAUACCGGGCACUGGCACUGUUCAGAAUUGUGCCUGGAUAGUGCCAAAGCGGCACUAUUCAGGCCCUGAAAAUCUCUCUAUGGUGCCGGCUUGGCACUAUUCAGGACUGUUCGACAACAGAGUGCAGCGCUUGCGCAUUGCGGGGCUGACAAAGUACCAAACGAACAGUGUUUGGAUCAAUCGUGAAGUCGGCGACGUGGGCGGGCUUCAUUAAGUUUCGUGAGGCUCUUGGACUGUCGAACACACGGCAUUGGUCACAUUUAGAUUGACUUGAUUGACCAGAUAGAUAGAUUGUUGCACAGCAGUUGUUCUCUGCCCACCUCAGCGC